CUUAUUUCUUAUUUUUUGUUUCACAACUAUAUCAAACUUGCAUUAACAUUCAAAACAAUUUUUCACCGAAAAAUACAACCUCAUAGAUCACAAAACAAUAGUGUAAAAGAUAUAAAUAGAUACUUAUCCUAAGUGUUAUUUACUGCGAUAGAGACAGCAUCCAUAGAAAAUCCUCUCCAAAGUUUUAUAUUACUAAGAGAUGUAUAGAUCUACCGUUUGUACGAAAAUCGACCAAAUGGGAGGACAGUACUGUUAUUGUCGACGGUUCAAAUAAUGAUAUUACUAUUCAGAAAGCUUCUUGUAUAUAGGUCGCGUCUGAUUUUUAUACAGUACCAGAUAUCUUACUAUGGAUAAUAUAGAAUAAGAAAUUACGUUUACAAAUAAAAAUCUUUGUGAAAUUCUGUCGUUUAGUAAAAUAUGGAUGAUAGCAACCUCGAUAGAUUCAAAAAUAAAGAUGUGCACCCACAACUGAAAUCAAACUUCCUGAGCAACUUGUUUUUUUGUUGGGGUAUACCAAUUUUUUACAAAGGAUGGAAGAAAGACUUGGACGAGGACGACCUAUACAAGCCCUUUACCGAACACGAGUCCGAGAGCCUAGGUGACAGAUUAGAAGCAAUAUGGAAACUGGAGAGACUUAACAAACAGAAACCUGCGCUGUGGAGGGCGUUGUGGAAGAUGUUCCGCAAGGAUAUUUUAUGUCACGUGAUAGUUUUAUUUAUUUUGGAGUUCGUUCUCAAAUUAUCUCAACCUAUCCUGAUAGGUCAACUAGUCAAUUACUACGACCCACAUCAGACCUCAAUCACGUAUCGUCAAGCCUGUAUAUACGCUGGAUCAAUCGUACUGACUUCAUUUUUAUUCGUUAUUGUAUACCACUCGUACCUCAUGUCUGUUCAGCACCUAGGCAUGAAGAUUAGGAUUGCCUGCUGUUCGCUAGUCUACAGAAAAUCCCUUAGACUGAGUAAAAAAGCUUUAAGAAAGACUACUAUUGGACAAAUGAUCAACUUGCUCUCAAAUGAUGUGAACCGUUUCGAUAAUAGUUUCCAGUACUUCCAUUAUUUAUGGGCAGCUCCAAUCGAAACUUUGAUCAUAAUGUAUCUGCUGUACUACAUGGUAGGAUUGACAGGAUUAGUCGGAUACUUGUUACUUCUGCUGAUUGUUCCAGUUCAAAUGUUCAUGGGAAAGCUAACAACAAUUUUCAGAACAAAGACUGCUGUCAAAACAGACGAGAGAGUCAGACUGAUGAGUGAAAUUUUGGGAGGGAUACAAGUUAUCAAGAUGUACACUUGGGAGAAACCAUUUUCGCUUCUAAUAGAACAAAUCAGAAGACUAGAAAUAAAACAGAUUCGACUGACUACCUACGUGAAGGCUUUCCACGGUUCGAUCAACAAAGCCCUCACCAGAAUCUCAGUCUUCAUGUGCAUCCUCACCUAUGCUUUUUUGGGCAACAGCCCCAGUGCCGAAUACGCUUACGUCAUCUCCUCCUUCUACAACAUCCUGAAAUCCGCCAUGACAAACGACUUUCCUCAAGCCAUCACCCAGCUUGCUGAGACCCUGGUCUCGCUCAAAAGAAUCGAGACCUUCUUGCUCUGCGACGAGGUUCAUACCACCUCCAAAAAAUAUUCUUGGACCAAGAAGAUCCACACGUCUACUCCUUUGAUAAGAGAUUCCAGCAAGAAAUCGGUGGGAAUAUAUCUGCACGAUGUUUCGGCAAAGUGGAUAAGCAGCGUUCCUGAGAAUACGUUGAGCACCAUCAACUUCAAUGUGGGGCCAAGACAGUUAGUGGCUAUCGUAGGUGGUGUUGGUUCUGGGAAGACUUCUUUGCUCCAUGUUAUUAUGCGAGAAUUGCCAAUCACAAAAGGUUCCAGGUACAAAGAUGUAGUAGGAAACAUAUCGUACGCUUCCCAGGAACCAUGGCUCUUUGCCGGUACCAUCAAACAAAACAUCCUGUUUGGAGAAGAAUGGGACAGUAAGAAGUACGAACGAGUUAUAAAGGUUUGUGCGUUGGAACGGGAUUUCGCCACCCUUCCUUACGGUGACAGAAGCCUGGUGAGCGACCGAGGAGUCUCCUUGAGUGGAGGUCAAAAAGCUCGAAUCAACUUGGCCAGAGCAAUCUACAAGGAUGCAGACAUCUACCUUUUGGAUGACCCACUCUCCGCUGUGGACACACAUGUUGGUAAACAAUUAUUUGAGGACUGUAUCUGCGGAUACCUCAAGAACAAGUGCACGGUAUUAGUUACCCAUCAGAUACAGUACUUGAAGAAUGUCAGCAAGAUCUACCUUAUGGAGAAUGGUAGUAUUGCUUGUACGGGGACUUAUGAGGAAAUCAGGGAGUCCAAGGUCGAUUUUGCGAAAUCAUUCGCACACCAGGUAGAUCAAGAAGAAAUAGCAGAUGGUCUGGAUGACGACAGUUCAGAAGACAAAUACUUUGGAAACAUAUCCGAUGAUGAGCCAUCCGAAAUAAGAGAAACUAGAAACACGGGAAAGAUCUCGUCGAAAGUGUACAAGAAUUACAUAAAAUCAGGGGGUGGUUGGUGUUGGACCAUCAUGGUGCUCAUCAUGUUCGUGCUCACGCAGUUUGCUUCUAGCCUUGCUGAUUAUUUCGUCAAGUUUUGGGUGAACCUUGAGCAAGUUCGUACAGAAGCAAUCAACGACAACAAAACCUUAUACGAAACCUACCCCGAUGGCAAUAUCCCCAAGAACUACGAAAAAAUUAUAAUAUUCUCGAGCCUUCAAGAACCGUCUGAGAUUUAUGCGGAGGAUUCAUUUUUCAGCAGAAUGAACUGUAUCUACAUUUACUCUGGAAUUAUGCUGUUUGUAGUACUUAUUCCGAUUGUCAGAUCAGUAGCAUUCUUCAGAAUGUGUAUGAGAGCAUCCGUGAGACUUCACAACAACAUGUUUGCGAGAAUUUGCAACGCCACCAUGUUGUUUUUUAACAAGAACCCAGCUGGAAGGAUACUCAAUAGGUUUUCCAAGGAUAUCGGUUGUAUAGAUGAAACUCUGCCCAAUGUUUUAAUAGAUACCAUCCAGAUUGCAUGUAAUGUUAUUGCCAUAAAUAUUGUCAUAGCUACAGUAAACAUGUGGACCUUAAUACCAUCAGUUUGCAUAUUCGUAAUCUUCUACAUGUGCAAGACGUUCUACGUGUCGUCAAGCAGGAAUAUAAAACGAAUGGAAGCUACAACACGUAGUCCAGUAUUUUCCCACAUUCACGCGUCCCUACAAGGCCUAACUACCAUCAGAGCCUUUGAGGCACAAGAAAUACUAAAACAAGAAUUCGACAGACAUCAAGAUCUUCACAGUUCAGCCUUCUAUAUGUUCCUUGGAUGCACCAGAACAUUUGGAUUUUGGCUGGACCUGCUGUGUGUAGUAUACAUUGCAAUGGUAACGCUCAGCUUCUUCUUUUUCAAACAAGAAACGUAUGGAGGCAAUGUUGGUUUAGCAAUAACACAAGCAAUCAGUCUCACAGGUCUGUUUGGCUACGGUAUGAGGCAAUGGAGUGAAGUAGACAAUUCUAUGACGUCGGUAGAACGGGUGAUAGACUAUACUGAAGUACCCCAAGAAACGAAUGGAGACAAGAAGGAUCCACCAAAAAGCUGGCCCGAAAAUGGACUGCUUGAGUUCCAAUCAGUCUAUUUGCGAUAUGCGACUAACGAACCUUACGUACUCAAUAACCUCACGUUUAAGAUCAAACCAAAGCAAAAAGUGGGAAUAGUAGGCAGAACCGGAGCCGGAAAGUCAUCACUCAUCUCAGCUUUGUUCAGAUUGGCAGAUGUCGAAGGGAAAAUUCUAAUAGACGGGAUAAGCACCGCUGAUAUACCUCUCAAGGCCUUGAGGUCCAACAUUGCUAUAAUCCCACAAGAACCAGUGCUGUUCUCAGGAACAUUGCGUUCAAAUCUAGACCCGUUGAACGUGUAUCAGGAUGCUGAGCUUUGGAAUGCUUUGGAACAGGUUGAACUCAAAGGUGUAGUCAAUGAUCUAGAAUCUAAGAUCUCGGAAGGCGGUUCCAAUAUGAGCGUAGGACAGAGGCAGCUGGUCUGCCUGGCAAGAGCUUUAGUCAGGAAAAACAAAAUACUCGUCCUGGACGAGGCAACUGCCAACGUGGAUCCUAAGACAGAUUACCUCAUCCAGAAAACCAUCAGGGACGAGUUCUCUGAUUGUACGGUCCUGACUGUAGCGCAUAGGCUGCAUACUGUGAUGGAUUCUGACAAAGUACUGGUAAUGGACUCAGGUUCAGCUAUAGAAUUCAACCAUCCCUAUAUCCUACUGCAGAAUGUCGAAAGUGUUUUCUAUGGUUUAGUUAAAGAGACAGGUAUAGGAAUGUUCCAACAUUUAUACCAAAUCGCAGAAAAGAGUUACAGAGCUUUACAUCCAGAUGCAGUAGUCGCGUGAAAAAUUAUAUUUUGAUGCUUGGAAAACAAGUUACUCCUUGUAUGUGAUAUUUAUCGUUUAAGCUUUUGUUGCCGUUAAGUAUUAAGAAAAGCAUCUCUAAGAAAAUGUACAUAAUUUUACUGUAGGUGUUUUAUUUUUAAGUGUACUACUGUUACUUAUACAGUAUUUAGUAUAGUUGUAAAGUGAGAUUGUCAAAAAAACAACGUAACAGAAAUGUGCGUUGCCACCUCUUUACUGUUUUAGAUUAUAUACUUUUAAAUAAAUUGUUAUUUUUAAA